CCCGUUUGGCUCUUAAACGGUUUCCGGUGCGAGACGUAAUGAAUACACCCCCUGUUCGUCUCCCUCUCGGUGUGGUUUUGUUAUUGUAUAAUCCUGUCACACACACACACACACACACGGAGAGGCUCAAAGGUUUCGAUUGAGUGGACGGUGCUGUGCUAUCUAGCCAUCUUUUUCUAAUUUACAGAUUAUUUUGGUUUGUUGUUGCUAAAGCUCCCCCCCCAAAAAAACCUCCGCUCAUUCGACGCCAUGGAUGUUGGUCAAGCAUGCCCCCCUGCCCCCACUCUCUCUCUUGACCCAGACAUCAACCUGAACUCUCCCAACAAGGGCCUUGGACCUGCAGGAGGAGCAGACCCGCUGACUGAUGUCCCCGUGGAGGGCGGAGCAAUGGGGGUAUCCUCCAUCAACACGCUACCCCCAGGGCUCACAGAGGAGGAGGCUGAGGAGAUCCGCUCUGAGCUAGGAAAGGUGGAGGAGGAGAUCAACACCCUGAGACAGGUGCUCCUGGCCAAAGAGAAGCAUUCUGCCGAUCUGAAGAGGAAGCUGGGGCUGAGCCCCCUCAACGAGCUCAAACAGAACCUCACCAAGGGAUGGCAGGAUGUCCAGACUUCUAAUGCAUAUCUUACAGCGUCUGCAACUUUGGAUGAAAUUUCCCGAUCUGAAGCGUAUAAGAAGACUCAGGAGACCCUGUCUGUGGCGGGACAGAAGACCACUGCUGCCUUCUCCACCAUGGGAACUGCCCUCAGCAGGAAACUGGGAGACAUGAGAGCGCUGCCGUUCUCUAACUCCUUUAGUAGCAACUACUCCAUCCGCCAUUCGAUAAGUAUGCCAGCGAUGAGAAACUCUCCAACCUUCAAGUCGUUUGAGGACAAAGUUGGGAACAUGAAGCUGGGCUGAUUUUAAAGUCUCCCUGCACUGCAGCACAUGUAAAGAAAAGUACAAGGUGGUUGGAGCCAGAGGUAACGGUGAAGCUGUCCAGUCCCCGACCGACACGAACCCUGUUCAGGACAACGCACCCUUCUGAAGAUCAUCUCCACCCCCCCCCCCCCUCUCUCUCAUCACCGGGACUGUGACAUCAUCAUUAAGCGCCUCAUCACUGAGUGACACAUGACCUUUGGCCUAAAGAAGUCACCCUCUAAUCCCCACAUUACUCACUACUGCCUCCCUCACCUGACCGGCAAAAUGUAGUGCCCUAUAUCAUUAGUACUACUGCCCAGUCCUAAAUCACCCCCUAGCCCCUACUCCGUAGCCACUAGCCUAUCCGUUGUGGAGAACUGAAAGGAUUGGAUUGAUGUGUGCAAUAUGGCAACAAUUCCACCUAUACUAUGACGGGGCAAGGUGGAGCCACUACCAUAUUGUUUAAACCAAUAGGUUGAUUUGUUGCACAUUGCUUACUCUUAUCUAGUUCCUUCAGAUCUCCACAAGUGCCUAGGAGGUUAAGGGGCUAAAGGUCUGUUUGGAAGUCUCCCUCAGCCCCCUCGCCUACUAAAAGCAUGUGCAUAUCUCAUCUCACUGUGCAAAUACAAACUACCGCAAAAUACAACCUGAGGUUACAUAACAUCAAAUCACCACAGCUUGUAAAAAAUAAAUACGUUAAACCAUUUUGUAUUAUAAAACAAUUUUACACUGCUUUGCAUAAUGUUUUUACAUGACUUAUCUAUAUGUAUAAAUAUAUAUAUGAAUAAAUAUAUUGUGAACAAUACUGCCAGUCGGCAUUCAUCGGUAGGUAUGGCGGACGUGGAGGCUCAAACAAGAAGGCAAAUAAAAACACUACGACUACAACAAUGAUCUGUUUGGUACCCUACUGAGCAUUCUGUUUCUGUUUAGUACCCUACUGAGCAUUCUGUUUCUGUUUAGUACCAUGCUGAGCGUUCUAUUGCUGUUUGGUACCCUGCUGAGCGUUCUAUUUCUGUUUGGUACCCUGCUGAGCAUUCUAUUUCUGUUUGGUACCCUGCUGAGCGUUCUGUUUCUGUUUGGUACCCUGCUGAGCAUUCUAUUUCUGUUUGGUACCCUGCUGAGCAUUCUAUUUCUGUUUGGUACCCUGCUGAGCGUUCUGUUUCUGUUUGGUACCCUGCUGAGCGUUCUAUUUCUGUUUGGUACCCUGCUGAGCGUUCUAUUUCUGUUUGGUACCCUGCUGAGCGUUCUAUUUCUGUUUGGUACCCUGCUGAGCGUUCUGUUUCUGUUUGGUACCCUGCUGAGCGUUCUGUUUCUGUUUGGUACCCUGCUGAGCGUUCUGUUUCUGUUUGGUACCCUGCUGAGCGUUCUGUUUCUGUUUGGUACCCUGCUGAGCGUUCUGUUUCUGUUUGGUACCCUGCUGAGCGUUCUGUUUCUGUUUGGUACCCUGCUGAGCGUUCUGUUUCUGUUUGGUACCCUGCUGAGCGUUCUGUUUCUGUUUGGUACCCUGCUGAGCGUUCUGUUUGUGUUUGGUACCCUGCUGAGCGUUCUGUUUGUGUUUGGUACCCUGCUGAGCGUUCUGUUUGUGUUUGGUACCCUGCUGAGCGUUCUGUUUCUGUUUGGUACCCUGCUGAGCGUUCUAUUUCUGUUUGGUACCCUGCUGAGCGUUCUGUUUCUGUUUGGUACCCUGCUGAGCGUUCUGUUUCUGUUUGGUACCCUGCUGAGCGUUCUGUUUCUGUUUGGUACCCUGCUGAGCGUUCUAUUUCUGUUUGGUACCCUGCUGAGCGUUCGGUUUCUGUGUGGUAGGUACCCUGCUGAGCGUUCGGUUUCAGUGUGGUAGGUACCCUGCUGAGCGUUCGAUUUCUGUUUGGUGUGUUUCUACAAUGUGAAGCAAGGCUUUGCUGUAAAGAUAUCUUUAGGCCUUACUCUUUCAGUCUUAUUGCUUUCUGUUACUUUGCUGGUAUAAAAUAAAUGUACGUUUUUCGAUUCUUUCUUAAUCUGGAAGUUGUAGAAUAGCGUUUAACCUGGGAGAUUUUUGCUUUCUCUUUUAUUUGUUGGCUCAAGUGCUUACUGUUAUUGUGCCACAUCUGAAAUGAUCAACUGUCAAAUACAGUCCAGACAGCUCUCUGUGUCCACCAUUUAUUAUAAGAAUUGUCCGCGUGCCUCAGGUGUAACGCCACCACACACACUCGUAUGCACACACUCCUGUACCCAGACGUACUCCUACCCACCCUUGUGACUAGCUCUACUGUUAUAUCAACAACACUUCCUGUUUAGCCAGUGGGCACUAACCCAGCCUCUUUACACUAUAAAGAGCAACUAGCUGUUCCCUAGCUUACAACCUUCAACACAACUUGAAAUGGCUUCUAUUGGUUUGGUAACAAAGUCACUUUUUGUUAUUUUCAACAUGAUGUAUCUACGUAGAUUGUAUUUCUUUCUCUCUCCCCCCCCCCAAUUUAGUGCUCUUACAUUUCUGUUCAGGGGAUGGAGUAUUCAUUUACCCUUUUGUUUUUGUUUUUUUAAUUUAGUAGUGAUUUAUAUAUAGGUUAUGUGUUUUUGAUGUCUCUCUGUUGGGUGGAGUUUAAAUAAGGGUUGUUUUUAUAUAUAAUUGCCAUCUGUAAAUCGUUGCCAAUAUUUAAUACCUGCCUGUUACAGAUCUCUCUCUCUCAACGCAAAACUAUAGUUAUUCCAUAGAUAGGUUUGCUACGAUCUGGACCGGUUUCCCCCCCCCAGACACUGAUCAGACAGAGAAUUUCCGUUAGGAAUGUGUGUUUUAGUCCAGGACUAAGCUUAAUCUGUGUUGGCAGACAAGGCCUCCUAAGGCAACCCAAUUCAUGUUUUGUCCAAUCUAUUGGCAAAAGAUCUGAUCGAUCAAAAUACCAAUUUAGUGGCGAAAGAUCAGAAUCGGGCUGCCUGUGUAAACGCAGCCUUAGUCUAUUCAGUUUUCUUAUGUCUCUGGUUAUGACAUGGCAAGGAAAAAGGCAGAUGUAUCCAUAGAUUGUGUAGAGCUGCAAAAACAUUGUUUGGGUUUAAUGUACAUUUUUUGGGAUGCCACGGCUGAAUUUGUUAAAACACAUUUAUUGAAGGCAUGUACAAUGUUGGGGAUGAUAGCAGGAAUAUAUAUUUAUUUAGAAUGGGAGCCUAGUUGUCAACAUUUAAAUGGAUGAGAAUGGUGGAUGAAUUCAAUGUUGGUUUGUCAUAUGUUGAGAAUAUCAAUAAAGCAUUCCUUUAAACAAAA